AUGGGGUCAGGACCGAGACUUCCGCCCUUUGAUCUGCAGGCACCGCCGAAGCUACCCUUCGGCAUGGAGGACGUGUUCGCUGAAGGGGUAGAGAAGGCUCUGGCGAGGACUCCAGCCGCUUCCUUCAUUGACCGGGUCCAAAAGACGAUCCUCACCUCUGCCUAUGCCUUUGGCGAGAUGUACGUCAGCAUGGCCAAGGCUGACAAGGAGAUCCAGAGGCUGAAGAGGCGGGAUGAGCUAGCCAAGAGCAAAAUGGCGGAGGCGCAGGAGGCCAUCCGAGAGAAGAACGCCUUGCUGGUUCAAAAGGCGGCCCUGGCCAAGGAGGUGGAGGAGCUGAAGAGAUCGAAGGCCGAGGAGGUGGCUGCUGCCCGAGUCGAGGCGAUUGAGUCCUUCCGAUCCUCAGAGGAGCUGAAGAGCUAUAUCAUGGAUCGACUGGUUGAUGAGCAGCUUUGCUGGGAAGAUAGGUUGGUUAGGUUCAACCCCUCGGUGGAGAUUAACUUUGACACCAGUGGCGAGCCCCCUGCACAGACCCCUCCUGCGGAUGCUAGCGCCCCGACACCAGAGGCUGAGCCGGCCACUGAGGAUGCCCCGUCGACCGAGUCUUGA